AUGAACCGAUCGCCGGUCAGUUUGUCACUUUUGUGGCUCGUCUACUUAGCUUUUUCCCUGCUGGCGCAUAACUCAACCUUAGUGGAAUCUCAUCAUAUUUUGGGUCUAUUUGUGAAUGUGCAUCGGUCCCAGUUGAUUGUUCAUUUGGCGGUGUGUCAAGCGCUUCUACGGAAGGGUCACCACUUGACUCUGGUCACCACAUUGCCAUUGGAGGAGCAGGAGCUUCGAGGGAAUGUGACUCACAUUUUGGUUCCAUGGAAGCAGCCGAUAGAGGAGGAUCCCCAGGGGCCCUCGUCUAACUUUAUUAUGCGUCUGGAACGGAUGUUUAGGCGCCUGGAACGUUCGGGAGAUUUGCUGGAUCUGCCGGAAUGGAAGCAGUUCUUGAGAAGAUCGCCUGAUACUCCCUAUGAUAUCUUACUUUUGGGCUAUCACUUCAACGAUCAUCUGCUGGGAGUGGCUGCACAUUUUAACUGUCCAGUGGCGAUAAUCACCACCCAACAGCCAACUGGGUUUGUCAACAGCAUCAUGGGCAAUCCCGAGGAGCGUUGGUAUGUCCCCCAACCGUAUGAUGGUCAUCAGAGGAGUGGAGUCUCAGCCUGGCUCUUUGGAAUUUGGGAGAAGCUCAUAGAAAUGUUGGCAAGGAGAGUGCUGGCAAGGAUUUAUAGUUCGCACUUUCCCGAACCCCGUUAUCCCAGCUUUGAAACAAUGCGUCGAUCGGUUGUCCUGGCCUUAAGUAAUCAUCACAUGAUCAGCGAAGGACCUAUAGCUCCAGUAUUGCCCAAUAUGGUGGAUAUAGGCGGUAUAGUCUUGGAGCAGAAACUAAAUGAGACCUCACUGGAAAUAUCGGCUAGCAAUCGAUCGCUCAUCAUCUUCAGUUUGGGAACUCGAUUCACUUGGCGCAAGACUCCGCAAAAGUUGCUGCAAACUUUCACCAAAUCCUUUUCCCAGUAUCCCGACUAUGAUAUUUACUGGACCUACGAUGGACCAAAUUUGAGUGCCAUCAGUUUGGAUUAUCCUCAUUUAAAAAUCGCCAAGUGGUGGCCCCAAUGCCAAUUGUUGGCAAGUGGAAGGGUGCGAUUGUUUAUCACCCAUGGAGGAAAAGGCAGCCUUUCGGAAGCUCUUUAUUAUGGAGUGCCGUUGCUGGGACUACCUUUGAUGGGCGAUCAAAGAUCGAACCUGCAGAGGAUGCAGUCUAAAAAAUGGGGCUUGACAUUGCUCACUCACAAUCUCACGCAUUUCGAACUAUCCAAAGCCAUUAAUUCAGUACUUACUAAUUCAAUUUAUGCUGAAGCUAUAUCCAAAGCUUCGCAAGUAUAUCGCGAUCGACCUUUGAACUCCAGUGAUUUGGCCAUCUAUUGGAUUGAAUACGCCAUUCGUCAUAAAAGCACUAACAUUUUGUACUAUCCCGCCAGACAUCUAAAUUACAUCGAAUACUACUCCAUCGAUGUUUAUUUGAUUAUCUAUGGGGGCUUAAUUUCAACGAUAAUCAUGCUCAGAAAAAUAAAUCGCUUGCUGUGA